AUGUAUCAGGUUGAGAGCAAAGGAGGUGCCCUAGUAUGCAUGCUGCUUUCCUUGUUCUUCUUAGGGACUUGGCCUGCUAUUAUGAAUCUAUUAGAAAGGAGAGGUCGUCUUCCUCAGCAUACCUACCUUGAUUACACCAUCACCAAUCUCUUGGCUGCUGUUAUUAUUGCUUUUACCUUUGGUCAAAUAGGCACUCAUGACCCAAACUUCUUGUCACAGCUUUCUCAGAUACAUGACAACUUGCCUUCUGUUUUGUUUGCUAUGGCUGGAGGGGUUGUCCUCAGCAUUGGAAAUUUGUCUUCUCAAUAUGUUUGGGCUUUUGUCGGUUUAUCAGUUGCUGGAGUAAUCACAUCAAGCAUAAUUGUUGUUAUAGGAACAAUCUUGAACUACUUUUUGGAUGAUAAAAUAAAUAAAGCUAAGAUUCUUUUCCCAGGAGUUGGUUGCUUUUUUGUUGCAGUUUGUCUUGGCUUUAUUGUUCAUUCAUCAAAUAUUGCUGAUAAUCAAGCUAAGCUCAAAGAUUUUGCAAGUGAAGUUAGUUCGAAAGAUGUAGAGAAUGGAAGUGAUCCUUCAAACAAGAUUAAAGCAGGAACUGCAAUUUUUCUCUUAGAACUUGAAAAAAGAAGAUCCAUUAAGGCAAGUGGAAAGAGCACUUUUAUUGGGUUGGCUAUAACUUUCUUUGCAGGAAUUUCCUUCUCUCUAUUCUCACCAUUAUUCAAUUUAGCAACAAAUGACCAAUAUCACACUUUAAGGACAGAGGUUCCCCAUUUAAGUGUUUAUACAACCUUUUUCUAUUUUUCAGUAUCUUGUUUUGUUAUUGGAAUAAUUCUAAACAUCAUUUUUCUCUACCACCCUAUGUUAAACUUACCCAAGUCAUCAUUGAAAGCUUAUUUGGAAGAUUGGAAUGGUAGAGGUUUGGCCUUGUUGGCUGGUCUCCUUUGUGGAUUUGGGAAUGGACUUCAGUUUAUGGCUGGUCAAGCUGCAGGAUAUGCAGCAGCAGAUGUUGUUCAAUGUUCAGUCUCAUACAAAAACAAUUGUCGGUGUUAA